AUUAAGGACGAAGAUAGAAUUUUUACAAAUCUGUACGGAAGACACGAUUGGCGUCUAAAAGGAGCCUUGUCUAGGGGUGAUUGGUACAAGACUAAAGAGAUUUUAUUGAAAGGCCACGAGUGGAUUCUUAAUGAGGUUAAGAAGUCAGGCUUACGAGGCAGAGGUGGUGCAGGGUUCCCUAGUGGUCUUAAAUGGAGUUUUAUGAAUAAGCCGUCGGAUGGGAGGCCAAAGUAUCUAGUUGUUAAUGCUGAUGAGGGUGAACCGGGAACUUGUAAAGAUCGAGAGAUCAUGAGGCAUGACCCGCAUAAACUUGUUGAAGGAUGCUUAGUUGCUGGAAGGUCAAUGGGAGCUAGAGCAGCAUAUAUUUAUAUCCGUGGAGAAUUUUAUAACGAAGCUUCUAAUAUGCAGAUUGCCAUUAAUGAGGCUUACAAAGCCGGUCUCAUUGGGAAAAAUGCCUGCAGCAGUGGAUAUGACUUUGAUAUUUUUAUGCAUCGUGGAGCUGGUGCUUACAUCUGUGGGGAAGAAACUGCUUUAAUCGAGAGCUUGGAAGGUAAACAAGGCAAACCCCGACUUAAGCCACCUUUUCCUGCUGAUAUAGGAGUAUUCGGGUGCCCAACCACUGUGGCAAAUGUUGAAACUGUUGCCGUCGCUCCGGCCAUUUGUCGUCGAGGUGGGGACUGGUUUGCCUCAUUUGGCAGAGAGAGAAAUUCUGGGACGAAGGCAAGUUUAAUUAUCAUUUUUGGUUAUUUUGACCUUUUUUGUAUUUCUGGUCAUGUAAAUGCUCCGUGCACCGUUGAGGAAGAAAUGUCUGUACCACUUAAAGAACUAAUUGAAAAGCACGCAGGUGGAGUAAUAGGGGGUUGGGAUAAUCUACUUGGGAUCAUACCUGGCGGAUCUUCAGUACCGGUCAUACCUAGAAGAAUAUGUGAUGAUGUUUUAAUGGAUUUCGAUGCCCUUCAGCAAGUACAGUCUGGAUUAGGAACAGCGGCUGUUAUCGUUAUGAAUAAACAAAGCGACAUGAUUAAAUGCAUAUCUAGAUUGAUGGAUUUUUAUAAGCAUGAAAGUUGCGGACAGUGCACUCCUUGUAGAGAAGGAACGGGAUGGCUUGCUAAAAUAAUGGCUCGUUUCGUUGAAGGUAAUGCUGAUCCGGAAGAAAUUGAUAUGAUUGAGGAGCUUAGUCGCCAAAUUGAAGGACAUACAAUCUGUGCCUUGGGAGACGCAGCUGCAUGGCCUGUACAGGGUUUGGUUAGACAUUUUCGUCAUGAAAUGCUUGAGCGCAUAGAGCAAUAUAAAGCUAAGAAUAAUCGACAAGCGUCAGUGGCUAAUUAA